ACUUUUGCAAACGUUCAUCAUAAAUUAUAGUAAUUUGGUGGGAGUGUAACUGUCAAAGGACAUGUUUUUUGUUGUUGAAAUGUGUAUUUAUGUUUUUGUUAUAAAUUAAUGUCAAUUUGAGUUCAUUCAAUUUAAAAACAAUCAAAACGAUAUUCAGAAGCCGGUAUUUAUAAUGUAUGCCCUUUGAGGUGUUUAAAGUUGGGGGUUCUUUAAGGAGGAUUUACGUAGAAAACGUGAUGUCACAUGACCCGGUUCAGUUUGGAGCGGGUCGGCGUCAUUUUGGGUCAAUGAACAUGGAUGCAGAGAAACGACAUGUAGUCUGGAAAAGAAUUGCCUAAUCUGCAUGGUUUGAGAGGCGUACACGUUUUCACGGUGUCUAUGGUGUCUACUGAAGAGAGAGUAAAUAAACAACAUAAGACAUCUGUAUGAAGCGUGGCCUUUUAUUUCGUCAGACCAGUGCAGCUAUAGAUGUAAAAGAUGUGAAAAGAUCAAAAGUGUGGCUAAAUUUCACCAGGCUCGAUGCCAACAGCGUGCGAUGCCAUGUUUGCGACAAGAUAAUUGCUGCCAAAACCGGCAACACGACAAAUCUGAUGAAGUACUUGACAGUGCAUAGAAUAAACUUAAAGAGCAGGAAGUUGCUCCGUCUUCGACUGCAAGAAGACAGAGCCAGUGCAGUCAUCUUAUCAGCAUCCUGCCACAGAGCUUCCUUCAACAUGCCCACCACGAGUCUUCCUCCAAAACUACUAAUGAAUGCAGCGGCGCUAUGACUGGGAACACUGACAGAACUGUCUGCCAUCACCGACCGUGAUGAUGACAAUGUUGAGUUGCCGCCACCGCUGGGCUGCAGCUCUCCCGUGCCGUCGUGUAGCAGCUCUGGAGAAGCAUCUUCAGAACGCGGAAAAAGGAAGAGAGACAGUACCUCAGAACUGGUGCAAUAUUUGGAAAGGGCAGAUGAGAGGUUCUUGCAGCACAGCAAAGAAAUGGACGAUGCCUUGCGUCAGGACAUGAGAGCGGACGCACAUUCUCUGCUUGGACUCAUGGGGUGCAUGGUGGAUAUUUUAUGGGGUGCAUUACCAAAAGCUAGGAAAUCGCUUUAAACGGCUUUAAACUGACAACUUCAGGAUUAAGGCUCAUGCUGAGAGACACAACAGACUGAUUUAUUACAGAACUCAAGUGCUUGCCUUUUAUCGGAGUUUCCAUAUUGGAUACAUAUUUUUUAAAAUGGUGGAGGACAUCGCUGUUUCUAUAGUGAAUGACCCUUGCAGACUGGCUACUGUGAAAUAGAGAGUAAUAUCCUGUAAACAUCUCUGAUUUGGUGUGGCGACAGGUGAUUACACACACACUCCUCUCUCUCUCUCUCUCUCUCUCUCUCUCACACACACACACACACACACACACACACACACACACACAGACAUCCAGCCAUCUAUCCUUGUUUAUCCAAUGACUUGUUAGAAACAGCAUAAGCCGUAAUACUAUUUCUGAAGUGAAAUUUUUAAUUACUAAUGGAGGCUUGGACGCAUCAUUUGUUUUGAACCAGCAACGGCAGAUUCUGAUUCGUCACGUAAGGAAGUAGUUCAAUGCACAAAUGUUUUUUUAUGACCGUAUUAAUUUUUUUACAAAUGUACUUGUUCAUUGAACUAUAUAUAUAUAUAUAUAUAUAUAUAUAUAUAUAUUUAAGCAAGCAAUAUCACACUCGCAAUUUUGCUAAAUGGCCCUACAUCAGCACUGCUGUAAUUACCUACUGCACUCGGCCUGCGGCCGAAUCACAGCAGUGCGAACGAAUCAAGAUGAAUUGUCAACGAAACAAUUAGGAUCUCUCAGACCAAAUUGAAUCAUUCAACAGGUUUCUACUAAAGGGGGAAAGUCCUACACUGGAGGAUUUUCCAAAAAUUGGUAAGAACGAAAAGCCUGGCUAGCAGGCUGCGACGUAGCCAAUGCAGUCUUCUGCUACCCCUGCCUACUCUUUCACCCUGAAGGCGGCACGGCAGACAGCACCGCUUUGACAGCGACAGGUGUAACAGACAUGCACCAUCUUUCAGAAAAGAUAAAGAAACAUGAGACCCACAUUGAUAGCUGUUUGAGAUUGUCUGCUUUGGGGAGAGUGAACAUUGCCACACGUUUCUACACAGACACUGCUGGUGCUUGUGCUUGUGCUGAGGUACAUCGAUAGCAACCAUAAAGUGCAGGAACGCUUUUUUUAGUUUCUUCCCAUCUCGGAAUCAAUCUCAAUUGCCAGUGUGUUUUAGGAGAGACUGAACGGUCUUUUGCCGACGACGAGAAAGUUAAACUCAUCGCGCAAGCUUACGAUGGAGCCAGUGUGAUGAGGGGAGAGAAGAGAAGGCUGGUGUGCAGCAAAAUGUGCGUGAGCAUUUUAAGAAUGCCCAUUAUGUUUAUUGCUAUGCACAUCGGCUGAAUUUGAUCAUGCAGUAAGCUACUUCUCUUAUCAAAAAAGUUAAUAUUUUCUUUUCCGAUCCGAGCGGGAUUGCAGCUUUUUUUUCCCGGUCACCCAAACGGGACCAGCAUUCAUGAACCAGACUGUUGCACUAAGACUGCCCAGAGCUUCAUCCACACGGUGGAACUUCAACAGCAGAGUCAUGAACACUGUCUACGAGAAUCGAGACAAUCUCAUACAAUGUUUUGAAGCCAUCAGGACCGCUUCAUUGGGUUCAUUUCACCAGCCCACCGUGAGAGAGGCAUAUGGCUACGUGAGGAUGCUACAUGAUGAAGAUUUCUUUUUUUUUUCAUGUGGCUUUUCCAUAAAAUCAUGCCCCACGUCGAUAAUCUGUACCAGAAGCUCCAGAAGGAUAUCGAUGCUGCCUUCAUCAAACGUGCCCUCGGCAGCUUCACAAACAGUGUGCAGGCCAUAAGGGACUCCUCUCAACAGCAGCUGCAAGUAGCAACAGGAGCCAAAAGACCCAGAACGGCUUUGAGAGAAGAGAAGCAGAGGCUGUCUGAAGAGGUCUGCGACACCAUCCUGGAUCACACCAAAGCAAGGUUCUUUUUCACUGUCCACCUUGUGAGUGCUGCCUUACUGCAAGCAGAUAUGUUUGAAAGGUACUGCCAUUCAUUUCCUGAUGAGGCCACUGUGAAUGCAUAUACCAUGCUGAACAAGGCAAAGCUCAAGACAGAACUCUCUCUGAUCUAUGAGAAUCCUGAAUUCAAGGGCUGCUGUGGUGCACUGUACCAGGUUCUCAUGAGCUACAACCUCCAGGAGACAUUCUCUGAGACUGUGACUCUGUUGAACAUCCUCAUAACUACUCCCAUGACAACAGCUGAAGCUGAUAGAUGUUUCUCAACUUUGACACGAGUUAAGACAUUCCUGCGAAAUUCAAUGGGCCAGGAACGUCUGAAUGCACUGGCCAUGCUCUCCAUGGAGAGGGAACUAGUCCUCAACAUGCCUGAUUUCCUGAUUAACACACACACACAAACCAAAUCAGUUCAAAGUUUAUGUUGUUUUAAAUAGUUAUUUUUCAUUCAUUCAAAAUCUGUUCAUGUUCAUUUUUACAAAUCUAUACAAUUGGCCAGAAUAUGGUUGUUCAUAUUUACAAAGCCAUAUAAAUAGCUGUGUUUACAUUUCUAGAAAUUAUUUUCAAAUGCUGUUUCCAGGCAAAAUGUCUAUCACUGUUCAUAUUCAUUUUCACAAAUCUAUACAAGAGGGCAGAAUAUGGAAUUCUAUACAAAUUGCUAAUUACCAAUAACUUGCAUCAAUGUUUUCAGUAGCCUCUAUCAAAAGCUCCUGCUCGCUUGUUGUGAAUUAUGCUCUGGUGCACAUAUUUUCAAUUCAACCAUGAGGCCUAAGUAAUUAAUGUGUAUAUCAGAAUUCUUUAGUUAAACUUGGCAGCACCUCGUCAUUCUGGUUUGGUCUUCAAUGUGUAAAGCCAAGAUGCACAGACCACACUAGGUCAAGCCUCACUUGUUCAUUCACUUAUUUAGGACAGUGUUACUUUGCUUUUAUUAAGUAGCACUUUGGUGAUAUCCUACAUUCCAGAAAAUGUAGUUCUAAAGAUCCACUUCUCUCAACAAUUUGUUUAUGUUUAGUUCAUUGUUUAUGGAAAUGCAGAUUGUUUAUGCAUUGUUGAGGAAUGUGAAAGAACAUCCUUGAUUAUUUGUACUGGAGUGGUGGUGGUGUAGUUGUCUAAGGCACAUAACUGGUAAUCUGGUAAUCAGAAGGUUGUAGGUUCGAUCCCCACAGCCACCACCAUUGUGCACUUAACUCCAGGUUGCUCCGGGGGGAUUGUCCCUGUAAUAAUUGCACUGUAAGUCGCUUUGGAUAAAAGCGUCUGCGAAAUGCAUAAAUGUAAAUGUAAACUUAUUUUGCUUUUGUAAGCCAAUACUAUUGAGAU